AUGCAGCAGCAGCAGCAGCGGCAGUCCGUCGCCGUGUUUGACGUGGGGUCGUGCAGCACGCGGAUCGGAUUCGCCGGCGAGGAAGCACCGCGUGUCGUAUCGCCCACCGUCGUGGGUGUCCCGCGGCACCGCGGCGUACUCGGCUCGCUGCUGCAGCACCACAGCGACGACUACGCCGGUGACGACGCCCUCGAGCGGGAGGGCAUCCUGAAGCUCAGCCGCCCCGUGCAGGACCGCCGCGUGGUGAGCUUUGAAGGGCUCGAGCACAUUCUGCACGACGCGCUCUACACGUGGCUGCCCGUCAUCCCAAGCGAGACACCGCUGAUGUGGGUAGAAGCGACGGGCACGCCACGCAAGGACCGCGAGCGCCUGUGCGAGGUGCUCUUUGAGAGUUUCGACAUCCCGCUGCUUGGCAUCACCAGUGCUGCAGCAGCGACAGUGUACUCCACCGGCCGCACGACCGGCCUCGUGCUGGACAGUGGCGAGGGCUGCACGACAAUCAACGCCGUGUGGGAGGGCUACAUCCUGCAGCACGCGCUGCACGUCUCGCACGGGGCGGGGCGUGUGCUGACGGACAGGCUGCUGGCGUUCCUGCGCGGCAAGGGCUAUGCUCUCUCCACGCCGCGGGACCGCGACAUCGUGGAGUCGAUGAAGCGCUCGCUUUGCUACGUCGCCGCUGACGCCGCGCAGGAGGUAGUGAAGCUGCAGAAGAAGAAGGAGCUUGUCUGCUACGUCCUGCCAGACGAGCAGCGCAUCUACCUACACGAAAGUCAGUUCAUGAUACCGGAGCUGCUCUUCACCCCGUCGGGGGACGAGACCGACAACGACUACAACAACAGUAAUAUCAACAGUAGUAGAUGCGGUGGCGGGUGGGCGGAAGCCGUGACGCAAGUUGUGGAGAGUGCACCGGCGUUUACGCAGUCGCACCUUUACGCCAACAUCGUGCUUGGCGGCGGCAACACAAUGUUCCCGGGCAUUGAGGAGCGUCUGCAACAUGACGUGGCGGCGUUGAACGCGGGUAGUCGCCGAUCAGUGAACUGCAUUGCCUUCCCGGAUCGUGAUACCGCUGCGUGGAUCGGCGGCUCUGUGGCGGCGUCGAUGCCGACGUUCCUGAGCACGUGCCUUGCGCGAAAGGACUACCUGGAGAAGGGAGCUGCGCUGAUGCAUGCCAAGGUGUAG